UUUAAUAAAAUGGUGAAAAAUAGCAAUAAAAAGUUUGCCAUGCAUCCGCGCAAUCCGCUGCGAACAGCGCCCAACUACACCAAACUGGCCAUCAAGCACAAGGACUUUCGGCACGUCUGCGAAUUGGAGUUGAAUGGCAAAGUGUCGCUUAAUUUUCGCAACGAGCGCACGCUGCGUGAGUUGACCAAAAUGUUGCUGCUUGAGUAUUUUGGGCUGCAAGUGGAUUUCGCACCGGGCAGUUUGGUGCCAACUUUGGCGCUGCGCUUGAAUUACAUUUUGUGGCUGGAGGAUUUGUUGGCGCCACAAAAGCUGGACGCAGUGCGUGGCAUAGACAUAGGUUGCGGCUCUUCGUGCAUUUAUUCGCUGCUCGGGGCGAAGAAGAAUAUGUGGCAAAUGCUGGCACUGGAAUCGAAGCAAACGAAUAUUGAAUAUGCACGGCAGAAUGUGGCAAGGAAUGAGUUGCAGUCACUCAUCGAAGUCUACGCACAGCCCGACAAACAGAGCAUUUUCAGUAGCUACUUCGAGUCGGAGAGUGCGGCAACCAAAGCAAAUUUUCACUUCUGUCUCUGCAAUCCGCCCUUUUUCGACUCGAAUGCAGCGAAUCCGUUUGGCGGCAACACGCGCAAUCCCCAGCGACGUCCGGCACCCAACAAUGUGCGCACCGGCAGUGCCGAGGAACUGACCUGCGCCGGCGGCGAAGUGCAGUUCGUGCAACGCAUUGUGGACGAGAGCGAAAUGUACAAGGAACGCGUGCUCAUUUUCAGCAGCAUGCUGGGCGUCAAGGCGAAUGUGCCCAAGAUUAUGGAUUAUCUGAGGGAACGCAAGAUAAGCAAUGUGUGCAGCACAGAGUUUCAUCAGGGGCACACCACACGCUGGGCAGUUGCCUGGAGCCAUCAGCCAAUAUGCCUGAGCGACUGAGCAUCUAUGUGGAUAUAAGUUUAACUAGAUGUAUAGCAGUUAGUCAGUGUCAUCUAUUUAGAUAUAAGUUUGUAUAGAUAUAUAGCUUAAAAUUGUUAAA